AUGACAGUCGUUAAUCAACUGGCUUCAGAUUACGCCGAGGAACAACAAAAUGAGCUUGAAGCGCUCCAGUCAAUUUAUCCCGACGAAUUCGAAGAUCUUGGCGCCGAAGGUUUCCGAAUUAUAUGUCGUCCGGAAGACCAGGAUGAGGAAGCACCGAGCGUCUUGGCCCUAAAAGUCAAAUAUACACCAAAUUACCCUGACGAACUUCCCGAAUUUGAAGUUGAAUCGAUAGAAGGAGAAUUGACACAAGAUCAACGAGAACGAAUAAUGAGCACUUUAACCGCCUCAGCGGAGGAAUCAAUAGGAAUGGCCAUGAUUUUUACCAUGGCCUCUAUGCUACAAGAAGAGCUUUAUGUGGUGAUCUCAGAAGGAAAGCAGGCACGAAUCGAGGCGGAGCUGGCUAGAGUUAGAUUGGCAGAAGAAGCAGAAAAUAGAAAGUUCAAGGGCACACCAGUUACGGUCGACCUCUUCUUGACGUGGAAAACUAAAUUUGAUAAGGAAAUGGCAGAAAAGGAGCAGGAAGCUAAAGGCAAGAUCAAGACAGAUGGCAAAGCUAAGCUCACCGGUCGACAGCUCUUUGAACAAGACAAGACACUCGCUUCAUCAGAUGCAUCUUACAUGGACGAAGGUGACGUAGCCGUAGAUGUGACACAGUUCGAAAAGGAAGAACGGGGUGUUCAAGAUGAUGAGGAGGAAGAUGAUAAUAACCAAGUGUGGAGAAAUCUUGGUGAAGACUAG